AUGGAACCAGCGAACUACAAGUUCUCCUACAAAGUGAGCGACUACGAGAGCGGAAGUGACUUUGGCCACGUGGAAAACCGGCAGGACGAUAAAGCAGAAGGGACGUACUUUGUCGUACUUCUUGAUGGAACCAAACAGGUGGUAGAGUACGAGGCUGAUGAAGAUGGAUUCAAGCCAAGGAUCUCUGUAAUACCAGCCGACACUGCAUCUAGUCGCGCAGGAGAAUUGGAACAAAAACAAUACAGUAACAAAAUUGAACUAACUGGUAUAUCGGGUAUAGAUAACAUUAAUCAUCAUCAAGUAACUAAAAUAUUAGCAUCCAAAUUAGAUAUGGAUGCAAAUUCAGUUAAAAGCAUAAAACAGAUAGAAGGAAGAAAAGGAAAGGAUGGAUAUCUGCUACUAGAACUAAGUGAUGAAACAGAGAGUGAGAAAUGGAUCCAAGCCGCAAAAAUGAAGAUAUUAAAAAUUAAUGAUAUUCUUCCGAAUGCGCCAAUGAUAUAUAAUGAGGGUAAAGAUAGAAUUACGUUAAGUCGCGCACUCACAAAGACAAAUAAGAUAAUCUUGUGGAAUGCAAAAAAACAAUUAGGUUCCGAAUACAAGUACAUAUGGUUUAAAAAUGGACACAUUUUCGCGCGAAAAGGAGACAAAGACAAGAUCACAACCAUUAGGUGCAUCGAAGACAUCCAAAUACUUGCAAAAAAAUCACUAUUCAGUCCCUAA